GGGUUAAAACGCGUCGGGAACUUACGGUUCGCGCCAGCUGCUCACAUUUUCGAUCUCGCGAAUUUCACUGUGUUUGAACAUGUUUUUCUUUAAUAAAAGAUCGCUUAGGGCAGCAUGCUGAGGUCUAUAUGGAAGAACUUCCUUAGGUUUAGUGCUCUGAAUACAAUGUGAUUUAAGGGGCACCAUCGAGCAGACUCUUUUGAUUCGAAAUCUUACCAUUUGUGAGUUGAGACAGAGUGGCGGGAUUUCCUGAGAGGCCCACUAAGAUGAUCUUGAGGAUCAUAACCGCCACUACCAUUCUUGCUACGACAUGCUCCUUUUUGCCAUCAUGUAAGAUCAGCGAAUUUCAGUGCCUGAGUGGUCGUUGUGUUGGAAUUCAUAAAUUUUGCAACGGAGUUCCGGAUUGCGAUGAUGCUAGUGACGAAACUUCCAAUUGUUCACCCUGCAAUAUUUCAUACUAUGGCAACGUGGGACGCACGUAUGAACUGGAGGUGAAACGACCGCCCGAAGUGCCAUUUCUUUGUUACCUGAACCUGACAGCAGGAGGCGGAAGUCUGGGGGAGUUGGUCCAGAUAUCAUUUGAAGCAUUCUCAAUUGGCGCAUUCGAGUCGUUCACCGUAUCGGGAUGUCCCGAUGGUUACAUAUCAAUCAAAGAAGCUAAUCGACCGUCCUCAGGUGGCAAAUGGUGCGGAAGCGCUUGGGGCUAUACCGUCUAUUACAGUGAGACUUCUAGUAUCAACCUCACCUUGGCUUUGAAUAAGAUUCCCCAACAGCAAAGUUCCGGCUACAGCUUCCAGUUUAAACUUUCAUAUAAGUUUCUGAAAUUAUCGGACGCGAAGCUCCGUUACGGAAACCAAACCCAAAGGACCUACAGGGGCAAACUCAGCGUUGGAAGUUACUGCGACCGACUACUCGAAGGUUGCUCGAGAAGAAAUUGCCGAAUUCAGUCACCAAACUACCCAGGACUUUACCCUAGGAACGUCACCUGCCACUAUCGAAUCAGAGAAAAAAACGUUCCACCCGACAAGCAUCCGCUAAUAGCAAUCAAGCAAUCAAACUAUCACUAUAGGGAGAGUUCGCCAAAGUUUGAUAACGACGACAAAAUAUUAAGGGUUUGGGAUCGAUGCAAUUUAAUCCAAGACUACAUCGAGAUAUUUGAUGGCUGGGGCCCAUCAGCGAUAUCUUUGGCACAUUUAUGUAGUGGCGAGAGUAUUCCAGAGAUAAUAAGCAGCGGUCCCGAGAUGUUAUUAAAGUUUCACACGUCGCCAUUCGGGAACCCGUUUCAUCCAUUGCCCUUGUCCUACUUGCCAGGAUUUGAGCUGGAUGUACAAGUCAUUUUUGUGGAUAAACAGUCUCCUACCUACAUCGAACCUGGCAAGAAAUGCGAGUUCUUAUUGACUUCAUUCGACAAUACCACGGGCUUGUUGGAAAGCCCUUUGCACUCGUUGCCUCCUAACACCACUUGCCGCUAUCAUCUCAGAGGUCAACCCAAAGAUAUCAUUUGGAUCACAUUCCUGAAAUAUCAUAUAAACAAUGAGAAAAUCAACGAUUUCAAUACCGGAGGUUGCGACAUUCAACUACAGAUCUGGGAUGGGGACAUAAAAAACCCGAACUCUGCUCAACUCAUUGGUCAGUUUUGUAAAGACGAUAAACCGAAAUUAUGCGAUCAUGCUUUAUUGAAAAAUUCCUCCAAGUUGACGAGGCCCUGCAGUUUAUCUGAAAGUUAUGUGACCACCAGCUCAGAUAUGACAAUAACACACACAAUCAAGUAUGGAACAGUACUAUAUCCGGUGCAGUUUAGUCUGCGCUACGAAUUCAUCGAUUUAUCCCAGGACGGGUUGCAGAUGAACAGAAACCCAUGCGAUCGACUGUUCACAAGAUCCAAAGGAAGAUUUUCGUCGCCAAAGAUCACAUUUUUAUUCGGCCGGGGUGGUCAGCUCGAUUUGAACUGUUUGUAUCACUUUGAAACCAGAGAAUACCAGAAAUUGAGGUUGACUUUCAAUAAGGCUGGAUUUGGACGCAAAGAUUGCCAGACAGAGUUUAAUCCAGAGAUAAAUAGAUGGGAAUGCAAUUUUAAGUCGGAGCUAGAUGGGAAAGCAACUAUAUCCGUAUCGGAGUAUCCUUGGUUGGACGUUGAAUUGAAACGACAUUGUGUAUGUAGCAACAUAUCGGAUGAACCAUUUCACAUUACCACGAAAGCUUCAUUAAAGUUUGUGAUGCAAUUUUCAGUCACAAAUAUGAAAAACACUGAAGACUAUAAUAAUUACUUCUUCGAUGCAACCUAUGAGUUUCUAUCCAGCGAUUCCAACUGUUUUAACCCGUGGAGCACCCGAAGACUUAAAGGAUCAAGUGGAGAAAUCAGUGUGAGAAAUAGCGAAGAGAAAGUGGAUGAUUAUGAAAAUACUAUCCACACUAACCAGACUGUCAGAUAUUGUUUGCAACAACCUUGGCUGAUUGAACCUGAAGAAGAGUCCAACUUCAUUUAUCUGAAAAUUAAGGGAAUCCAAAGAAGAGAUCCCCGACUAUGCUCAAACAAGAAUAGGAUUCUCAUAUAUCCUGUAGGACAUUCUGAUGACUUUUACGUUAUUUGUCCUGAUCACGGCAAUGGAGAACAUAUAGUUGAACUGUUUUCCGAAGGAUGGAACAUGUACAGUUAUAAAAAGUUACAAGAUAGAAAUACCCGAAGUUUUAUUAUCGAGUUUGUCAAAAGAGAACCUGGACACUUCUUGGUUACAUGGAUGGAGAUUUCGAAAAACCCGGCACUAGCACUUCCAAGUUCAUUUUUAACGAUACGACCACCAGACUGUCCUUACAGUUGUCCAGAGUUGGGAGCUUGUAUAAGCUCAAAGCUUUGGUGCGACGGUCUGGUGCACUGUCCAUCUGGCAACGAUGAACAAGAAGUUAAUUGUGCAGCUACUUCAAACUUUUUCUUCGCUCACCUAAACUCGAUAGCGCUUGGAGCUAUCGCUUUCGUAGUGGUGGCAACUGUGGUGAUAGUGAUUGCGGUAAUAAUUAAAAGUUGGAGAAGAGACCAGAGAAACGUAAUUGUGUCAGUGACAGAACACACAUUUCUAGAAUUUAAGAGCGGUCUGUGCUAAAGAAAAUUUACCUUGUGAUAGAACAAUAAUAGAAUGAAAACUUG